CACAGCUGAAUUUUUUUUAGUUCCGCCGUUUUUGUCCAGCUCUGUAGCCAUCAAACAAAUCGUAUUAAACCCUGAAACCCUAGAUGAGAUGAGAUCAGAGAACAGAUCAAACACUGAGUCCACCAUCGGAAUCAGAAUCAUCUACAUUAUUUGCUCUUUUCGGGAAUCAAAAGAAUCGGAUUAUUAUUAUUAUUAUUUGGUUCAACAUCAGAUAAUGGAAGCUAGAAGGCUUGCGAUCCUCUGUUCACACCUCAACCCACAUGGUCCGAACCCGUCCCGAGACCCGACUCUCAGGGUCUUCGGUUGCAGCUCUGGUUCGUCCGGCGACGACGGGAAAGUGGAACCAUCCAAUCUCCAAAACGACUGCGUUUUCUGCAAGAUUAUCCGUGGCGAGUCUCCAUGUCUCAAGUUGUACGAGGAUGAUAUGUGUUUGUGUAUACUGGAUACUAAUCCACUACGCAAUGGGCACACUCUUAUUAUUCCCAAGUUACAUUAUCCAACUUUAGAGGAAACUCCUCCCUCAGUCGUUGCUGCCAUGUGUUCUAAAGUGCCUCUUAUCAGUACCGCUAUCGUGAAAGCUACUGACAGUGUUAUGGUCUAUCAAUUCUCAUUUCUCUAUCCAUCUCUGUCUGAUACAAUCAGAUUAUAAGAACUGUCUUUACAUAUAUAUUAGUAAUGAAGUUGUAAGAACCUUAACAUUUUGAUUAUGUAACUUUCCCUUAGGAACCCGAUCUCUCGAUGAUCUCAAACCCAUUUCUUUGCGCAUCUUUUAAUAGAAGGACCGUAUAACCUAUGUCUAGUGUCUACCAUAGUUUUCUUAUACAGAAAGAGUACAAGGCUUUUCGUUCAAGACCUUAUAUAUCUCAUCAUUAGUUCACGCAACCAUUGAAUACCUAACCUGGCUUGUGAACUAAGUUUCUUGUUCUUGUUAUGUAAACAUAGCAAUCUUGUUAUGCAAAAUAAAACAGACUUUGAACGGGUUUUACCAGUACUUGUUGUCAUAUUCUAAAGUAAUCUUGCCAUUCCUUAGAGUGAUGGUGGACUCAGUGUUUGAUCUGUUCCAAUGAUGAAGGGAAGGAUGUCUCAGCAAAGAAAAGCAAGAAGAAGACGGCAAAGGGUGAAGAAGAAGAAGAAGAGGUGGUGGCAAUGGAAGAGGACAAGUCAGAGAAAAAGAAGAAGAAAGAAAAAGGAAGAGGAAGAUGGAGACAGCAGAGGAGAAUGAGAAAUCAGAGAAGAAGAAAAAGAAGAGUAAAGCUGGAGGAGACGAGGAGACUGAUGAUGGCCACAUCAUGAAGAAGAAGAAGAAGAAGUCAAAGAGUGCAGAUUAGGGAUGCAAAACAUAACAAACCCUGUAUUGUAUUUUUAUUUUUGAGUAAUGUCGGUUGCGUUUCGUUUUCUUAGUGAACUUUGGAUAAUUUUUGUUUUGGUCUGGAAACGAUGCGAGAUUGGUAACAUCAUAAUAUUGUUUAGGUUUCA